AACUUCCAGAGCGGCAGGGGAAAUACAUGGUCUGAUAGCUUGGCCAAACUGGGGCCAAACGUUUGGCCCCAAAGGCGUUUCCCAAAAAAACACGGUGCUGCGGUGAUUCGCCGUAUGUAGGCGUCUUCGAUAAAUAGCCUUGCUGGACUUUGGCACACGUCCGCAAGGGGCCCGUAUGUCGAAAAAAUGUAUAUUGAGGUCGAGCGCCGGGACAGCAGUCGUUGAGGCUUCCCGCGUUGGCCUCACUCAGACCUUUCGCGGGAUUCAUUACUCAGCCUCGGAAAAAAAACUCAGAUAACUUGAAAAUCAUGAAAUAUCCAGCAGCAGAGGCACGAGAAGACAGUCUUGGCCAUGGAGGGAGAGGAGGACAAAGAGUGAGAGGUGGAGGAGGAGGAGGAGGAGGUAAGGCCCGCUGCUUUGUCGGUAGAGCCCUCCCCUGCCAAAAAGAACAAGGACACCUGCACAUCGACUAGACGGCAUUGUCUAGAAGUCUCACGGCGAAGGCUGCACCACUGCUAAAGUAUUGAGCUAUCAGCACGACUGCUUGGACCAAGCCUCGGAUGUCUAGCCUCAUGCGCACAAUAAAGCAGAGCUGUGACUAAGCCUGCCUAAGCUUCAUUGAACUGCACUAAUAGUCUUGACGCGGCUGUUUCGAGCUAUGCUCAAUCCAAGAGCGCAUCGUCGCCCCCCGACUCCAUGUAUGAAGCAGUACUGUGCGCGCUGCACUGGUGAAACUGGCGGGUGCGCCGCGUGGCCCAUCUGAAUGUCCACACUGAAGCGGAAAGGCAUACGCCGACGGCAGAAGCUCCUGUCGCAAUGAACAUGAACUCCGUUUCAAAUGUCCCGGUCGCCUUCUUCGCCGCAGUGUCACUGCCCCCCUUCUUUUGCCCCGAAUACAAAAGCCUGCUGCAAUCAUCAGGGUCUUCUUCUCCGCCUCCAGGGAGUUUGGAUUUGAUCCAGACGGGGAGUUUGGAUUUGAUCCAGACCCACACGGCACCAGGCCUGGAUAAGACCCAAUCCCACCAGUCUUCAAGUCUUGAAGUCAUAUUGUCAUACCAAGCUCGGGCGGGUUCAGUAAUCCUGUUCGAUAUCGACUCCUUGCAUGAGGUACAAGUCGCCUCAUCGCCCUUGCAGAUAUCCGGACCACGUCAGCCGUAUUUUUUUUUGCACGAGAGGCCGUCGUUGCACUGAUCACUGCUGUCGCAUGUCUCGUCGCAACAUCUCCAGCCACCAUCGGCUGUGACCAGCGUCAGCCCCGCACCGAAGAAAAGCACGGCAAAUGAGCUUUUCAACAUCACCACGGCCGGAGUUGCCCAGAUCACUCCUGAGGCUCACCCUAGGACUUCCUUCGCCAAUGGCCUUGAGCGUAGCUCCAGCCAAAAUCCUUGAGCC